CUGUGGGCUCUCGGUCGGCCGCCCCCGCGCUGCCCUCAUGUCGGCUCCGUUGAAGAAGGGCCCCGGCGGGCUGAUCGGGCUGAUGAAGGACGCCUUCCAGCCGCAUCACCACCACCUCGGGCCGCAUCAGCCCGGCGCCGUGGAUAAAAAGAUGGUGGAGAAGUGCUGGAAGCUGAUGGAUAAGGUGGUACGCCUGUGCCAGAACCCAAAGCUGGCCCUGAAGAACAGCCCACCCUACAUCCUGGACCUGCUGCCCGACACCUACCAGCACCUCCGGACCAUCCUGUCACGUUACGAGGGGAAGAUGGAGACCUUGGGAGAAAACGAGUACUUCCGUGUGUUCAUGGAGAACCUGAUGAAGAAAACCAAGCAGACCAUCAGCCUCUUCAAGGAGGGGAAAGAGCGGAUGUACGAGGAGAACUCUCAGCCUAGGCGCAACCUGACAAAGUUGUCCCUGAUAUUCAGCCACAUGCUGGCAGAGCUCAAAGGCAUUUUCCCAAGUGGCCUUUUCCAAGGAGACACUUUCCGGAUCACCAAAGCUGAUGCUGCAGAAUUUUGGAGGAAAGCCUUUGGGGAGAAGACCAUUGUUCCUUGGAAGAGCUUCCGCCAAGCCCUGCACGAGGUGCAUCCCAUCAGUUCGGGGCUGGAAGCCAUGGCCCUGAAGUCAACGAUUGACUUGACGUGCAAUGACUACAUUUCGGUGUUCGAGUUUGAUAUCUUCACACGGCUCUUUCAGCCAUGGUCCUCUUUGCUCAGGAACUGGAAUAGCCUAGCAGUGACUCAUCCUGGUUAUAUGGCAUUCCUAACGUAUGAUGAGGUGAAAGCCCGGCUUCAGAAAUUCAUUCACAAACCUGGCAGUUACAUUUUUCGAUUGAGUUGCACCCGACUUGGUCAGUGGGCCAUUGGAUAUGUCACUGCAGAUGGGAACAUUCUUCAGACCAUCCCUCACAACAAACCUCUUUUUCAAGCAUUGAUUGACGGCUUCAGGGAAGGCUUUUAUUUAUUUCCUGAUGGCCGGAAUCAGAACCCUGACUUGACUGGCUUGUGUGAGCCCACACCUCAGGACCACAUUAAAGUCACACAGGAACAAUACGAACUGUACUGUGAGAUGGGCUCCACGUUCCAGCUGUGUAAAAUAUGUGCUGAAAACGACAAGGAUGUGAAGAUUGAACCAUGUGGCCAUCUGAUGUGCACAUCCUGUCUCACUGCAUGGCAGGAAUCAGAGGGCCAGGGUUGUCCUUUUUGCCGCUGUGAAAUCAAAGGCACGGAGCCAAUUGUUGUAGAUCCAUUCGACCCCAGAGGAGGAGGAGGAUUGUCACGGCAAGGUGCAGAAGGGACUCCCUCACCCAACUACGAUGAUGAUGACGAUGACAGAGCUGAUGAUUCCCUCUUCAUGAUGAAAGAACUCGCUGGUACCAAAGUCGAGCGUCCUCCUUCCCCGUUCUCAGUAGCUCCACAGGCCACCCUUCCUCCUGUGCCACCACGACUGGAUCUUCUGCAGCAGCGAGUGUCCAAUCCACCUGGGGCUUCCAGCCCCAGCACUUCUUCAAAGGCUGUUCCUGGUACCCUUCACAAAGACAAGCCUCUGCCCAUCCCACCCACGCUCCGAGAUCUCCCUCCACCACCACCUCCAGACAGACCGCAUUCCAUCGGCACCGACGCUCGGCCGCAGAGGAGGCCCCUGCCCUGCACCCCAGCAGACUGCCCUGCAAGGGACAAACCACCCCCUGUGCCCUCCAACCGUCAGGGGGAUCCUUGGCCCUCCCGACCCAUUCCAAAAGCCCCAUCUGUGGCUCACAGCCCCGCUGACCAUUGGCCUGGGAGAGAACUGUCAAACAGGCACUCGCUUCCUUUCUCCUUGCCCUCUCAAAUGGAUUCCAGACCUGAAAGCCAUCGGCUUGGGAGCACGCUCAGCCUGGACAACCCAGUGAGCUUGAACACGGGUCCACCGGCAACCUCAGAAUGUGAGCAUCCCAAAAUUAAACCCUCCUCAUCUGCCAAUGCUAUCUACUCCUUAGCUGCCAGACCACUGCCUGUACCAAAACUGCCUCCUGGGGAACAGUCUGAGAGCGAUGAAGACACUGAAUACAUGUCACCCUCCUCUCUGCCAGUGGUGCCUCCGGGUCCUGCUGUACAAAAACCAGAGAUCAAAAUGCCUUUGGAAAUGACUCAGAGUUUGCGAGUUCUGGAGUGCGACCGGCAGGCGGAUGGCUGUAUGUAUGAAGCAAUGUACAACAUUCACUCCCAAGCAGUGCCCUCUGCUUUUGAGACCAUCAACACUUCUGAUGAAGGGGAUCUGGCAGCAGCCACUGCCAGCAACGGCCCUGAGGAGUCAGAAAAUGAAGAGGAUGGCUACGAUAUCCCCAAGCCACCACUGCCAGUUGCCAUUGCUCGUCGCACACUGUCUGAUAUCUCCAAUGCCACACCUGCCUUCAGCCGAAUGUCUUUGGAAAAUGACCCAGUGACAGGUUUUUCGGAUGGCUCUCAAGUUCCAGAAAGGCCUCCGAAGCCGCUGCCACGGAGAAUCAAUUCUGAGCGCAAAGCAGGGAGCUGCCAGCCAGGAGCAGCCAGCAGCAGCACCGGGGCAUCGCUGCAGCUCUCCAGCGAGAUUGAGAACCUCAUGAGCCAAGGCUACUCAUAUCAGGACAUUCAGAAAGCUCUGGUCAUUGCACAUAACAAUAUUGAAAUGGCCAAGAAUAUUCUCCGUGAGUUUGUUUCCAUUUCCUCCCCUGCACACGUGGCCACAUAGCACAUCACCUCCACACCUAGAGCUUCUGUGGACCAGCUGCCUGGGCAGCCGUAGCCCAGCUACUCACCAAAGGGGAAGGGGGUUCCUUUAGAGACUUCGUGCGGAGGUCAGCCCUGCCUCUUAAGAGAAUCAGUUAUCAGGUUUUUGUGGUUCCAGAUUUCAAAGCAGUGAAAAGGAAUGGAGCGGAGUGGUGUUUUAUACAGUGUGUGUCUUGGAGUCCUUUACCCCUACCUCUUGUUUGAGAGAACAGAUUUAUUUCCAGGGUGUCAGUAGAGGAAGGUUUCGUACUGAGGGAUCCCGGAGCUGAUGCCCUGGAGGCUGGGGGGAGUGUGUUGUGCUGUGAAUUCUAAGUGAGUGCUCUGAGAAACAAAGUCUCCGGGUCGGUGUGGUGUGUCCUGUGGUUCAUGGUACUUAGGUUUGGACCUGUUCGCUGCUGUGUAUCUGGCUCAGGCUUUUUAGAGCAGUUGAGAGGUCACUUUCUGCUGGGAAUUAAUAGGAGACCUUGGAAGAAAUCGCCUGAUUGCUUCCUGUUUGCCACGGCGUUUCCCUCUUACCUGUAACAGUAGCAUCUAUUGCUUAUGAUUUGAGUUGUCCUUUUCUGCUUGGAGAUAGCCUGACCAGCAUCUGCCAGGCAUUUUGGAUCUUGGAGUUGGAUUUCUGUCGUAAGUGUCCUCAUGCCAGCUGUGCUGGCAGCACCAGAUUCCAGGGAGCAAGGUGUGCUGAGAGUUCUGCAUGUUUUGGAGAGGUGGGAAGAAGCUGAGCUGAGAGCAGAGAACUGCCUGUGCUGCUCCUUUUGUAGCCUUGAGCCUUUUGUGCUUUCGGUGCUCCAGCUUGAUUGCAGCCCUGCUGGGCUCGAGCAGCACCACUGGGUGCUCUUUCUCUAGGAAUGUUGCACCUGGGAAUGAUGUUUUAUUUAUCUUAACUGCAUGGUGGCUGUUGCAGACCAGUGGCCUUCACGCACAUUCCAUCGUCUCCUUCAGACAGCUUCCUUGGGAGCCAGUUGUCUUUGUGCCAGGCUGUUUUGUGGGAUUGGUAGAUGCAGCUGAUGUAUUUGUUGGUAUCUUACCUGCUUUGCAGUACAGUAAGCGCAGCGGUUCUCUGCAUGGCUAUCAGAACAACACAGGGGCUCUUCUUUGCACUGCCCUUACUCCAAGGAAUUGCCAGAGCUUGUGUUGAAGCAGAUCUGGGAAACCUCUGCAUUUGUAAAACAAUCACACUGGGCUUUACAAGUCAGUACUCGGGCAGUUACUGUGCAAAAACCUGACUUGCAUACUCAGCUCCUUAACUCUGUGCAUAAUAUGCCUGCUGUGUGAGAAGCAUAGUUCCUCUGGAGGGGAUUUAAAUGGAGCAGGAUCUGCAGGUCACACAUGAACGGUGCUGUGUGCACACCGAGGGGCUGCUCGCCUUGCACAGCAUGUCCUGCAUUACUUGCAUCACUGGGAGGGCAGCAGCAGUCACUGGGCAAAGGGUUACAACGUGAAAUAUUGCUGGAGUGCUGGUGGCUGUUGGAUGCAGUUGAAGCUUUUGAAGGAUCUGGUUGCUGCUUGCAGAUCGGAGCGAAGCAGCUUGCUGUUUGCAGAGGGGACUUCACUAAUGUUAGCAUAGGAAACUAAGCAUCAAAUGUUUGUUCUGUGUGGAGUAUUGGUAUUUCUCUAAAUCUGCAGCUUUGUAAAUUGAUAAUGCGGGGUCCAGGCAGUUUAAAAGCAUGAGCAGUCUCUCCUAACUCCCCUCCUUGCUGUAUUUCUCUGAAGCUGUAAGGAGAUCUCUUAAGUGCAAUGCUUAAUGCCAUCACUGCUGUUGCUAUUUUGGAGCCGGGGCUGAAAUUGCAAAUGCAGCACGCUGCUGAGAUUGCUGUCAGCCAGCAGUGAGCUCUGCAGUGCUGCAGGGAGGUCAGGCAGCCAAGAGCAGGGUCUGGCCUGGCAGAGGGGGCCAUGUCUGUUCGUGCUGUGCUCGGGGAAGCAGGGCUGUUCCCUCUCCUGUGCCCGCAGGUGCAGCAGGCAGCGGAGCCCUGACCCAGCCCUGCUCUCCCUGUGCUCAGUGAUGCCCUGCAGUUCUUGUGGCUGCAGCAGAUUCUUGGGAAGCGAGCCCAGCACCAGCCCUGCUCAGCAGGUACCUGGGCAGCCCUGCGUGCUCUCGCUGCCCAUCUGCACGUUGCAGUUGUGAGCCUGACCAUCCAGCCCUGGUGCUUGGGAGUUAUUUUCUGGCUUUGCCCUGGAGACCCACAUAAAAAACGUGUUGCGAGGGAGCACUGCUCUUUAUUUCCCUCCUCUCCAGUGCUGCCACUCACUCCGUGUUGGUGUUGGAGCCACUUCAGUUCUGCCUUGCUGUGUAAACUCAGCCUAAGUGUGCUCAAGUGUGGCGUGAAGCUGCAGCAUGCAAGGCAGAGCAGCUGCUGCCAGGGCUGCAAGGAGCUGAGUGCAACCUUGCUGGAAAGCCUUAACUCUUGUCUUGCACAGCAUGUGCCACUGGAGCAGUGAUGCCCCAUCCCCUGCUAGCCCUUGGUUCCAGGCUGGCCGUGAUGCUGAACAACCCACACCUAGCAGAGCUUUAUGCAGGCCUGUCUCUGGGGCUGUGUGCCAGGGGACGUUCCUGCGGAUGUUGUUCCAGGUAUUAGAGGUUAGAGAGAGCAAUCUCUGUGGCAUGUAUCACUGAUUUUUCUGCAUGUGUCCUUUCUGUGCACUGUUUGUGUCUCUGACUGAGUUAAGAAACUUAAGCCUUGGCUUUUCUUCCUUAGAUGUGUAAGCGUUUGCUGGCACCACUGACGUGCAGCAGAGUCCUGCCUGUGUUUUAUGGCUGUGCUCUGUGAAGUCCACCCAGGCUCUGUACAGUGUAUUUUUCUUACUGUUUUUCUUUCAGAAAGGUGAGCCUGAUGCUAUUUUCUCUUUCUUUCCCUUCACCUCCUUGUUCUUUAUCCUUGAGAGCCUUUAUCCUAUCACUUUGUGAUGCUACUUGAGCAAGAGAAACCCAAAUGUCUCGCGCCUUUCUUAAGGGAAUGCUGUGUCACUGGGCUGGGUAUCCCUCUGUGGAAAGAAAGAGCCUUUGAGAUCACUUUGAAAGGUGUGAAAAGGAGGGCAGUUGUCACUUCCAACACUGUGUUGUGUAGCAUUUCAGCUGUGGAGGUUUCCUGCUCUACCUGUUACUAACAGUGACUUGGUGCUGCGCCGAGCUCAGCGUGAAGGUGGUAGAGUUGUAGCAACAAGAUCAGUUUUGCUUGUAACAAAAUACGAGUUCUGCUCACAUAACAAAUACUGUUUUUCCCCCCACCCCACCUGCCAAGGCAGGACACAAAGCAAGCAGAAAACCCUUUGUGCAGUGAGGGCUGGGGCACAGAGCGUGUGGGAGCAGCAGGAAGGCAGCACGCGUCGUCCGCCUGCCCUGCAGACUUGGUGAGUUGGAUGCCACCACAGCUGAACGGGGCUCUGCAGGGAGACAGAUCCUGGCAGGAGUGUGCUGGAGCUCGUCUGCUGCACUGCCCUGCCCUGCAAGUCCCUGCACCACAUGCAGGUUUAGGCUCGCAGCCUCCCAGCAGCCCUGCUUUGUGCAGAAGGCCUUUGCUGCUCACCCUUUGCUGAGCCCUUCCCCGGGAGAGCAGCCUGCUGCUCCCUGCGUUGCUGCAGCUCAUCCUGAGGCAGGGUCGUUUGCUGUACCUGGUUUUUGUUUGCUUCUUGAUUCGUCUGUUUGUUUUCCAGUUGAGCAAUUACAAAUGCAACUCCCUGGGCACUUCUUUCAAGGUGCCACAUUGGAAUUCAGAGGGGAAAUAAGGAAGCUUAUCCUUAAAGUUCCUCCUAGAAAGCUUGUUUUCUUUCUUUGAAGCUCCCGCUGGGGGAGGAACGGUUGUUGUUUCUCUUGAAUGGCAAAUACCCAUUUGUAUAAUAUCAGUGUUAAAAAAUGUUGAGAUUUUCACGAAAAAAAAAAUAUUUUAAAAAGAAGUAUAAUAGUGUCAUUAAUAUAAAAUAUAAUAGCAGUAUUUAAUCCUUUCAGAUCUGUAAAGAAUAAGGAAAAACAGAAGGUAAAUAUUCUUACAGAGAGUAGCUGAGCUUUAAGGUUCACUUGGUUUAAAGUCCUCAUUUUGUUUGCAAAUGCAUUGUUAAUGUUUAGAGGUUAUACUAAUGUUAUUUAUUAAUUGUUUCCAUUCUCGUGUGCUGCCCACUAAGAGCUUCUUUGGGAUUUCGUUCACCUGUGUCAGUAAAAAAGAAAAAAAAGAAAAGGAAACGAAACAAAGUUUUAUUUUUAAAUAAAAUUUCCUUUGUUGUAGCA